AUGGUCCAGCAGUACGGCCAGCAGCAGCAGCAGCCGCCCCCCGCCGCUGCCCAGCCCUACAUGAUGAUGCCGCCGCCGCUCCCCACCGUGCAGCCUCCUCCGGCGAUGUGGGCCCCUCAGUCGCACGUGGCCCCACCUCCACCUCAGGCCCAGCCCGCCAGCGCCGACGAGGUCCGCACUCUCUGGAUCGGCGACUUGCAGUACUGGAUGGAAGAGACCUAUCUUUUCAAUAUCUUCGCCAGCACCGGCGAGGUUGUUAAUGUGAAAGUUAUCCGCAAUAAGCAAACUAACCAAUCCGAGGGCUACGGGUUUAUUGAGUUUGUUAAUAGAGCUGCGGCAGAAAGAGUGCUUCAGACUUACAAUGGUACCCCUAUGCCAAAUUGUGGCCAGCCUUUCAGAUUGAACUGGGCAUCUGCAGGGGAGAAGCGUUCUGAUGAUACGCCUGAUUAUACAAUAUUUGUUGGGGACUUGGCUGUGGAUGUGACAGAUUAUAUGCUACAAGAGAUAUUUAAGACCCGUUAUCCAUCUUGCAAGGGAGCUAAGGUUGUUAUUGACAGACUUACUGGCCGCACCAAGGGAUAUGGGUUUGUUAAGUUUGGAGAUGAGAGUGAACAGUUGCGUGCAAUGACUGAGAUGAAUGGAGUUGUUUGCUCUUCAAGAGCUAUGCGAAUUGGGCCAGCUGCAAACAAAAAUGCUGGGGGCAAUCAGCAAUAUUCAAAAGCUUCAUAUCAGGGUUCUCCAGGUGCAAAGAAUGAGACCGAUCCCAAUAACACAACUAUAUUUGUUGGGAAUCUGGAUGCUAAUGUUACCGAUGACCAUUUGAGGACAGUUUUUAGCCAGUAUGGUGAGCUAGUACAUGUUAAGAUACCAGCAGGAAAGCGAUGUGGGUUUGUUCAAUUUGCAGACAGGAGUCGUGCUGAAGAGGCUUUGCAAGGAUUAAACAAUUCCCCAAUUGGUGGACAAAAUAUCCGACUUUCUUGGGGUCGCAGUCCUUCGAACAAGCAGCAGGCUCAGGCAGAUCCAAACCAAUGGAAUGCUGGCUAUUAUGGAUAUGCACCAACACCUGAGGGAUAUGGAUAUCCCCAAGUGUCCCAAGACCCUAACAUGUACUAUGGAGGCUACCCUGCUGGAUACGGGAAUUACCAGCAGCCGCAGCAGCAGCAACAGCAGCAGCAGCAGCAAGUGGGUUAUAGCUGAGUGUUGUGUUGAGCUUUUUCUGCCUUCAACUCUAGAGACUUGAAAUAAUAUUAAGAUAAUGGUUGAGAGGGAUAUUAUUCUCUGUUUUCUGAGAAGUACUUUAUCGGAAGUAAUCUUGUAUCACUAAGUUUUUAACAAUUCAAGGAAGCCUUCUCUGAUAUUUCUGCUUGGUAGUGUGGCUUGUUGGAAAAUGUGGUAUGCUUAGCAAUGUUUGAAUUCAAAUGUUUCAUUUAUAUCAAAGUCCUUCAGCUUUUUAUUUGUAGG